AUGUCCCUCCGAGACCAUCCCAAGGCCUACGGCAGCGCCGUCACCGUCGCCUUCGUCGCCGGUAUCCUCGUGACCCUCGGCUUCAAGGACCUAUACCCAGACCUCGAAGCACGAGUCCGACCCCGCCGCGACAGCAUCUUUUUCUUCGGCGGCGGCGGCGGCGGGCCGGUCACGCUACAAGACCACGAGGCCGUCGAGGUCGACAUAUCCGCCGUCGUCGACGGCCUCGAAGGCUGCAUCGGAAACACGCCCCUCGUGCGCAUCAAGAGCCUAUGCGACGCCACGGGCCGCGAGAUAUUUGCAAAAGCCGAGUUCCUCAACGGCGCCGGCGGCAGCCAAGGACCGCGUCGCGCUCAACAUGAUCCAGGUCGCCGAGCAAAGGGCCUCUUGGUCCCCGGGCGCGGCGACACCAUUUACGAGGGCACGGUAGGGAGCACGGGCAUCUCGCUGGCCACCCUCGCGCGGGCCAAGGGCUACCGGGCCCACAUCUGCAUGCCCGACGACAUGAGCCGCGAGAAGUCGGACCUGCUCGUGCACCUCGGCGCCGAGGUCGAGCGCCACGCCGCCGUCCACGCCGACGGGAGCGUGGGCUUCUUCGCCGACCAGUUCGAGUCCGAGGCCAACUACACCGCCCACGUCAAGACCACCGGGCCCGAGAUCUUUUCCCAGACCGGCGGCGACAUCGACGCCUUUGUCGCCGGGGCUGGCACGGGCGGCACCAUCUCCGGCGUGGCCAAGUAUCUCAAGGAGGAGAUGAAGCUCCCCGGUGUCAAGAUCAUCCUCGCCGAUCCCCAGGGCAGCGGCCUCUACAACAAGAUACGCCACGGCGUGGAUACCAUGGUUGAGGGCAUUGGCAUCAACCGCAUCACUCACAACUUCGAGGCCGGCCGCGAGCUCAUCGACGACGCCGUCCGGGUCACCGACGACCAGGCGUCGCGCAUGGCCCGCUGGCUCGUUGAAAAGGAUGGCAUCUUUGUCGGCAGCAGCAGCGCCGUCAACUGCGUUGCCGCCGCCGUCGCCGCCAUGACCCUCCCUCGGGAAGCAGGGUGCCAAAGCGAUCCCAUGGGCGAGCAGGCGCCAUCGCCAUCGCCAUCACUCAUCGUUCCAUUGCUAUUCCUGGAAGCCAAGGGUGUCUCCGAGUCUGAACACUACUAUUCCCCGAGCCGCUUGGGUCCGGGGUACCAUACCCCUGCCGGAACUCCUCGCAGUAAAAUUCAUCGGAGGAUGUGA